AUGACCGAUACUCAGGCCGCCAAUGCGGUUGCACGCAUCAAGUCAAUUUCUAGUCGCCGCAAGACCAUCGCCCUUGGGAUACGUCGCCGGGCCACCGAGGCCGUCAACGAAUACCGUGUUCAACACCUUGUCUCUCUUCGCUCGGAUCUGGAGCUCAGGCUGAUCAGGAAAGCAGAGCACUAUCGACUGCGGGAACAGCGGCAAAAGGAAAAAGAAGCGCGCCGUCAACAACACCAACGCAAAUCAGCCUUCGACACAACUACUAGCUUCCCUUUGCAAGAACGCCACCAAGUCCAACCACCGCCUGUAUCAGGACCCCCGACCACACAGAUCGGCCCCCUUUGCCUGUCUCCAGCAGAGGCGGCGUCCAUGCGCGUGGUUCAGGACACACACGUCGACAACUCCACCCCUCGCGUUCUGUACUCUGACGGAUCUCUUCUGAACUCAGGAACACCGGAAGUAUCACAGGCCUUUGGAGUGGUGGAUCUCAUUCAGGACAAUCCUCUGACGGUACAAGGACGAACGGAUGGCCACGCGUCCUCGGCCAAGGCCGAGCUCAUGGUCAGUGGUGGAACAGUACAGUCAUCUGGUGAAGAAUCGUCGGGACACCUUACCGAGGAAGCGAUUCAGGAGUACAUAUGCAGGUAUCUGGGCGGUGCUUUGGCAGGUGUGGAAUCUCGGCCAGGUAGAGUCGACGUGGUGUGGGUCAAAGGUCACAGCGACGUCCAUGGAAACGAGCUUGCGGAUCAGGCGGCGAAGGUGGCAGCACAGAGUGGUUCGGUGCCCUGGAUGGUGGAUCUCACUCAACAGACGGAUAUCACGGCCUUUGCACAUUGUUACGGCGGGAUUGUUGAAAUCGAUCUAAGUCAGCUCCUCAAACAACAAUCGACAAUCCGUCACCACCAAGCCUGGACAUCACAGAGGCGGGUCAAGAGGGCGAUCCCUGACAUCGAUGACGUGGAAUGGAACUUGACCUUGGCUUAUGUCCACGACAGGCACGCAGUCUUCACCUUUUACAGCAACAGCAAGGACUCCCAUCAACGAACACAUCAUAUCAAAAAGCUGCAUGGAAUGCUGCCCAUUCUGAACUCCAUGCAGGCUCGCAAGCCCAACCUGUACCCAACAUGCGUAUGCCGACGAUGCGAGCUCGAGAAGGAGGAUAACGAUCAUGUCUGGAAAUGCCCCUUGGCAGCCGAGACCACCACUGAGAUCUGGAAGGAGGCCAUGGGCAAGAUUAACGAGUGGGAUGUGCAGGCGACAAACAGCUACAACGCAGCCAGGAAGCGGGAAUACAAACGCGCGGUGGACAGCGGUCGUCAGGUACCAAGGGCAGUACCCAUACACUGGUGGCCCCCUUCGGAUGCGGAUCAUCUACGAGGAUUUUCCUCCAUCGAUGGAGCUCGAGCCGUGCACAGCGGUAGUCCAGCUCUCGAUCGAGACGAGAAACCGAUGUGGAAUGUGUCGGAUCUCCUCCGCGGCAUCACCCCCUUGAGCAUGUUGACUGAAUGGUCCGCGGUCUUCCGGACCCCAAUGUCCAUCGCCAAGACAGUCCUUCACAAGUUUGUUGGCUACCUGGAGGCGCAGGCCUCGGAGCUGAUCUGGAAACCUCGGUGCUCCGCGACGAUCGCGUGGGAGCAGACCCAGGGUAUCUCUGCCAAGAACAAGACAUCCAAGUACACAGGCCCCCGAGGUGACUGGAGUCAAGGAUACGGUUACAUCACGCACGAUGGUUUCUCGACAAUUGCUGCGCAGAGCCAGGUUCUGGACCGGACUGCGACUGGCGGAUGGUGCAUUGAAGAGUUUGGUCUGUAG